AGACGACGAACCAAAAGCGAAAACUGUUGAAGGCUUCCAGCUAACAACUUGCAAACUACUUUCCCUUCGUCAGUGCGAGCGUCAAGUGCACACAACACCGGGGUGGAAGAACUCACUACCCGCCGUUUGGGAAGACAAACUUUAAUAAAUUUGUUUAUGAAGCAAACAAAAUUACUGCCUUCCCUGCGUUAGCCUAUCCAGUCGGCCGCUUUCCCACCCUUUAUGGAGGAGCAAAAAUAGCAACACAGAAGCUUCCGUGUAUUCAGAGGACUUGCAUAAUGUGCUCGGCUGUUGUGUGUGUGUGGUGAAAGAUGAAUCAGGAGACGAUGUGUUGGAUGGUUUGAAGGCUUUUCUCAACACAGCCCAUGAGCUGGCUGGUGUAUUAUUAAGUGAAGCGUAGACACGAGCUGAGACGAGAUUUCAGCAGCUGUUAACCAGCCCAGCGAAGAGAACUGAACUGAACUGAACUGUUUAUUUCAACCAUUCUCAGUCAUUUGUUUUGAUACCCGAAAAGAUCUGGCACUUCUUAAAUCUUGGAGCUAUUUAGCACAGGCACGUUAUGGCACAGCCGUUCAACACUUGCGCCAACACAUGUCAAUCCGUUUCAAAACCAUCUCCUUGCUCUGGAUUGGGGUUAAUAUUUACAUAGCGGUUACCAACAUGUGUGUUUUGGUGCAUCUUCAGGUACUCUGGAGCUGUGCGAAAAUAUUCGCGAUGGAUGGUCGAAAACAGUUCUCACAAACGUUGAAAAUGUGUUCAGCGAAAGUUCCAGUGCUCCACAGUCUUUAUCGAGGUGUCACAAGAUGCAUUGGUUCCGAUACAUAGCGCUAGCGUUUGUGCUUUUACAGGUUGCUCAUGUGCAAGCAGACUUUGGAAUAACGCCUGCAAUUUCUGGAGCUACCACAGUGGAACAGUAUUCACGCCGAAUUCGCGAUGAGGCUAAUGGAAUCGUCAGUGCUUAUGAAGACAUAGCUCUCGAGGGGCCUACGCCAGCGUUCAAUGAAGCAGCAGCUGCUCUUAAGGCGAUGUUUGAGCAGAUCGUAAUUUUUGUGCAGCCAAUCGCACAAUCCAUCGGCACACUGGCCCUCAACGAUGUGGGUCCUGCGGAGGAUCUGUUUGGAGAUGCCGAUACGAAGAUUAAUGCCAUGUCCACGUUUAUUACCGGUAGUGCACAGACUCAGCUUGCUACUAUACAGACGAAAGUUAGUAUAUACGUGCGUACCGAGCUGAACGACAUCCUGAACACCAUCAAGACAACGUUGACCGAGCUUCGCAAUGCUUUGAGUGCACUCCGUACCGCCGUGAUAAGUGCUCGCACUAAUCGUGCUACCACUUCGAACGUACAGAACUACGUGAAGCCUUCCAUGGUGGUGUUAGUGCAAACGAAAACGCUCCAACUCGCAACAGAUCUGCCUGCAGCGAGCUUCUCCGCUAUCGAGACGGCUCGUACUAUCAAUCAGGCAAAUGUAUUCAUCCAGACCGGCAUCACAGUCUCGAGUGGUAUCACGCUGUCCGAGCUGUGGGAAAGUGAGAUGCUGAAGGAAUAUGAGAAUAUCAUAAACUUCUUAGAGCGUUUGAAGACACUCGUAGGCACGGAGAUUCCUCUAGUAAACGGACGAAUUGCUCAGUUUGCUCAAGCGUUCAGUCCACUAACGACACCGCUUCUUUCCAAGUACAGUGAGAUCGAUACGGUGUACGGCAAGAUCACAUCCGGCACCGGUGAUAAUGUCCUCAAUGCGUACAAAACUCUAGUGUCUUCUGCUAUUGGAUACAUCAACAAUCUUCUCAAUAACUUCUACCCACCGAUCGAACCUGCCAUUAAGCGUCUGUCGGAGGUGUUGGUCCAGCGAGGAAAAUACAGUGACUUCUGCUACGAAACGUACUACCCCAAGGUGGAACAGUAUCUGUUCUCGGGCGAGAUGAGUUUGCUGACGUGUCUCAAUGCAGAGCUUGACAGGGAGAAGAGUCUGAUGGAAGCGAUAGUGGAGGUGAUCUAUGAGAUGCAGUUCUUCCUCGAAGAUACUAACGCACAUCUGAAUACAUGCUAUCGAAUAUCGCUGUUCAAUACACCGUUGGCCAAUAAUUGUCUUGAAGAGCACACGGAGUUUUCAGAGCUCAUUCCGUGUACAGCCAUCAAGGAGUACGCUACCAUGCUUCAGCUGCUGUGCAAGGAGGUUGACUCACUGCGGUUCCGACUGUGGGCUUGCGUGUCCCGCGAUACGGCAAGUUUCCCACUCGAAGCAAAGGACAUACUGGCCAACAUAGAAAAGUGUCAGCAGUUUGGUCCUCAGUAAGUUGUAUCCUACCCCAAUUGCAUAGGAAUAAAUCGUGUUCAAUUUAAA